AUGGACCGACUUCUUGAAAAANNCGGCUAUUCUGUCACGACUCUGGUCCGCAGNAAAGAAGCAGCCGAAGAACUGAAGCAAAAACAAAAUGUCGAAGUGGUGAUGGGCACGAUUGAUGACUCGAACCUCAUCACCAAGCAAACCGCAGCUCAUGAUAUUGUGGUUCAUACUGCUACAGCCGACCACCUACCCUCUGUACAAGCCGUCAUCAAAGGAAUUGAGGAAAGAGCUGCUCAAGACAAACACACCUACUACAUCCACACCAGUGGUUGCAGUUUCCUCAGCGACGACAGCCACGGCCGCUACGGGAGCGACAAGAUCUACAAAGACACCAAUCCAGCGGACCUAGAUGCACGACCAGACACGUCCUCUCAUCGUGGAAUCGACCUUGCCAUCCUCGCCGCCAGAAACAAGUUAGGCACAAAAGCAAAGUUGUUCAUCAUACUUCCACCUUUGAUCUAUGGUGCUUCAAGCUACGGCAAACUAUCCAUCCAAGUCAUCACCAUGGCUCGCUUUGCCUUGAAGCACAAAUAUGCUGGUUACGUGGGUGGAGGCAAAGGUAUCUGGGGUCUGGUUCACGUCAAGGAUCUCUCAUAUGGCUAUGCCACUGUCCUGCAAUGGCUUGAAAACUCUCCCGACACUGUGAGUCUGGAGAACCCCUACUUCUUCUGCGAGAACGGAAAAGAAACCACUUGGGCAGAGUGUGCAGGAUUCAUUGGCAAAGAGUUGAAAGCAGCUGGCAAGAUCGAUGAUGCCUCGCCGCGAGAGAUCCCUCAGGAGCAGUACAACGAUCUGUUUGGCAAAUACUCGGAUGUUGUCAUUGCGAGCAAUGCUAGAAACAGAGCUGAGAGGUUGACACAACUUGGUUGGCAGCCCAAGCACACGGAUAUUCAUCAAGCGUUUAGGGACGAGGAGUUGCCGAUUCUGCUGAGAGAGACUGGCGAGUUUAAUGGCUAUGCGAAAGAAGCGGCAUCAGGCUCUGGUUAG